AUGUGGACCACGCGUCUUGCGCUAUUUACAGCUUCGGCGUUGGCACAGACCCAAUACGGAGAGAACCACGUUAAUGUUAAUUUCGACUCGCAAAUUGUGGAGCAAACGGCCUUCCCUGCGCCGAAUGCAACAUUGCUCAGUCCUGCUUUCCUCGCUGCAGGAAAUGCGUCCUUCGAUCCAGGAUGGACUGAGGGUACCGAGGGUGCGACUAGCCAGGACCAAUUGAACUUUGUCAGCGAAGAGGGCAAGAAUUUCCCUUAUGUGUACCUUUCGACUUCCUCAAAUGCUUCGGCAACAAGCCGUGACUCUGGGAAGCUGAGAGUAUGGAUCCAAGGGUCUGUUCAUGGCAAUGAGCCCGCUGGAGACGAGGCAACCCUGGCCUUGCUUGGAGCUAUGGACGCGAACGCAACCUGGGGCUGCAUCAUUUCUCGCAGAUACAAUCCCGAUGGCAAUGCGUACUUUCAACGUACGCUGGCUACAAACUACGACCCUAACAGAGAUCACACUAAGCUGGCGCGCCAGCAGACCCGCGACAUCAAAGAAUGGUUCAGCAGCUUCGCGCCACACAUUGCGAUCGAUAUGCAUGAGUACGGUGCGGCGUCCCGAUACUCUGGCAACUACAGCAAUGCAGCCGAUGGCAUGUUCAGUGCCGCAAAGAACCUGAACAUCCACCAGUCCAUCCGCGAUUUGUCAGAAAAUGUUUUUGCCCCGGCCAUCAAUGCCUCGUUGCUCUCCAAGUCGCUACGUGGCGAGCCGUAUGUGACCGCUUCGCGCAACAAUCCCCCACGUUUAGACGAAGCAGGCACCGAUGCUAAAAUUGGCCGCAACGCAAUGGGUCUCACUCAGUGCGUGACCUUUCUUUUCGAGACCCGUGGAAUUGGUAUCGCCUCCCAGAGUUUCAAGCGUCGUACAUUGGCUGGACUGCAGAUGAUUCUUGGUGUGCUGGAACCAGCUCGAGACCGGGCUGAGGAAGUUUACAAUACGAUCGAGGGUGCUAUCAAAGAGGUUGUUGAGAGCAAAGAGGACAUCAUCGUCACAGACUACACAAAGUACACGAACCGCACAUACACCAUGGUGGAUCGUCGCAACGGUGCUGUAGUCCAACUCCCAAUCGAGUUCUCCAGCACGACGCCCUCCACUGCAAAUCUUACCCGCGCCCGACCAGAGGGCUACAUUAUUCCGAGCGCAUGGGCUGACCUUGCCGAACGUCUGCGAGUAUCCGGUCUUGAAGUUGAGACUAUGGAUCAGGCCUUUAGCGGAGAAGUUGAAGUGUACAACAUCACAACCGCAAGUCUUGGAAAGGCUUACUAUGAGGGUGCUGUACUUAGCACAGUCACAACGGAGACCUUGAAGCAAGAAGUUAAGUUACCGGCUGGAAGCUUCUUUGUGAGUAGUGCACAGAAGAAUGCGGGUCUAGCAUUCGUGGCCCUGGAACCAGAGAACAUCGACUCCUACGUGAGCUUUGGUAUUGUACCGAUGGAGGUUGGGGACCUGUAUCCUAUUUUCAGGAAAGUCAGCCGCCGCCUGAUCCGCCCUGCAGCUCCCUGGCACCGCAACACCCGCCCUUACUACGAGCCCACCGUAUCUCGCACCCCUUCCCUGGAAGACAUCCGCAACCCCUCCCACAACUCAGCCCUCCACUGCCACCAACCCAAGCCCCUCACCCUACCCUCCCCAUACACCCCCUCCACACGCCCACACGACCUGCCCUCGCGCAUCUCCGCGCUCAACCGCCGCGCCGCAGUCGUAUCCGCCCAACUCGCGCACCUCACCGCCGUCGCGAGGCCGCUGGAGUCCACGAAGCCUGAGCGACUGAGCGAGACGCAGCUGUACGACAUGCAUCAAGAGGGCGUGGGGCUGGUGAGGGCGCUGGGCAUGUUCGAAGCGCAGGCAAAGGAGGUGUUGGAGAUGUUGGCGGAUUUGUUGGGGGGAGGGAGGGAGGUGGAGGAGGAGGAGGUGGAUUGGAUGUGGGAGGGGGCGUGGGAGAGGGGGAUGAGGGUUGGGAAGGGGGCGAGGAAGGGGAGGGAUGUUUGA